UAAAAUCCACACCAAAAUUUUGUGUCUUUCGUAGGGAACUGUUUUUUUUUUCUCAUGCCUUAAAUAUGUCAAGACCAAAAUUGCUGUGAAAAUGUACAAUGAUGCAGAAAAUGUUGGACUUCUAAAAAGUCUCUAGCUUUUUUUUUUUCAUAAUUUCGUUUUCCUUGUAUUUUAUUUUCUGUAUAUUAUAAUUUUUUUCUCUUUCUUUUUUUUCUGCUCGCAUCUCUCUUGCGUCUGUUGAUUGAACUUGUAUGUGCUUGUAUUGUUCUCGAAAUUGCUAAUAAAGCUUUAAAAAAAACCUUCUAUUUGCGUCAGGUUUUUGUCCCUUCUGUCCCGCCGUACUCUGCCGUUGCCGUAGCAACAGAAACAUGGCCGCGGCCGCAGACAAUAGCGAAACUCUCGCCAAGUUUUACCAAGAGUUUUGUCUGCAGCUCCAAAUCAACGUUAACAAAGAUGUUUUAGACGUUUUAAACCAAAAAAUAAAACCUGGCUUCUGCGUGUCCAGGACCUUCACCUUACAGCUGCCCGGAAACCGAGGGAGACGAGCUCAGAGACUGGAGGACAAAGACGUGUUUGUUCUCUCCAAGUGUCUGCAGAACCGUGAGGGGGUGACGGGCCUGGAUGUGAGCUACAAUAACAUCAGCGAUGGAGGGGUCAAACACCUCGCUGACCUUUUACUGCUCAGGAGUUCAGCUCUGAAGUCUCUGGAUCUGAAAUUUAACAACAUCCAGGCAGACGGAGUGGAAAUCCUCGCCAACAGCCUGAAGAGCAACAGCAGCCUGCUGUCUCUCAGCCUGUCCGGUAAUCAGUUCGGGGACCGAGGGGGCGUGCACGUGUCCAGCAUGCUGCAGGUCAACAGCACGCUGCAGCUGCUGCAGGUGUCUGACUGCAACCUGGCCGACCGGAGCGUGGCAGCGCUCGGCGUGGCGUUGAAGCACAACACAGCGCUCCAGGCCCUGGACAUCAGCCGGCCCCUCCUCUUCAGCCAGCAGGAGGAGUGGGCCAUGCACUUCUCUCAGAUGCUGACGGUGAACCGCAGCCUGCUGGAGCUCCACCUGGGGAGGACGGGGCUGACGGACACUGGCAUGGAGAUGCUCGCUGAGGGUCUGAGACAGAACCACAGCCUGCGCUGCCUGGACCUGCGCUGCAACCAUGUGACCCGUGACGGCGCGCACCAUCUGGCUGAAGUGCUGAGGCAGAAUCCGACCCUAGAGGUCAUCGAUCUGUCGUCCAAUAGGAUAGAAGACGAAGGCGCGGCUCACCUGAGCGAGGCGAUAGCCACACCUGGCUGCUCCCUGAAGGAGCUGUCUGUCAGCAGGAACUGCAUCAGGACGGAGGGUCUGCUGUCUUUGGCUCAGGCGCUCAAACACAGCCCGACUCUCACACACCUCUACAUCUGGGGAAACCACUUGGAUGAGCCGGUCUGUCAGGUCUUCUCCGAGCUCCUCUCCAGCGGUCGACUGCUGCCCCAGCGCACAGACGUCAGCCCGUACCAGGUGGACGGACAGCUUUUCCUCGCUGAGGUCUUCCAGGGUCUAAGGACGCAGAUUUGCUCCAUAGAGGAGACAGCAGCUUGUUCUUCUGCAGCUCUGCUCUCAGAGGUCAGGGGGUCCACAUCUAAAUAAACCAUAUUUGCUGAA